AUGGGUGUGAAGAGGAACACAGGCAAAGACGGCAAAGACAAUGGGAAGAAGGUGCUGCCCAAGGCGAAGAUGGUCCCAACAAAAGAGAAGGCUGAGAGAGGUAAGGCCCCCAAAGCUGCCAAAGUGAAGGCAGAGGAGGAGGAUAGUGAAGCUGAUGUUUCUACCUCUGCGCCUUCCCGUGCCAAUAGCUUUGGAUCCCUUCCUUCGGCUGGAUGGGCUGUGAUGCCGGUACGUGGUGCAGCUGCAGCUGAGGAGGAGCCUGCAAGCCCUGCAAAGAAGAAGGGUACUGCCCGAGCUGCUUUGAGGAAGGCUGAGAAGCCGAAAGCUGCGGGAAAGUUCUCUGCUUGCCCAGUGUGCCAGAAGUUGCCAGAUGCUUUGCCAGCCGGAGCUUGGGACCAGUAUGAUGCCAAAGGGAAUCCGAUUGGCCACGGGUGCCGGGUGCACAUGCAGACCUUCAGGCUUGGAUGGCCUCACAAGGAGGAGUCUGAGUUGGUUGAGCUCUACCACAGCAAGAGCGAAGAUGGAAAGGAGUUCAGAGCAGCUGUCACGGCAGCUUCCUCCAUCAUGUCCGUCAUGAUCAAGAAGGACUCCUUACCUUUCAUCUUGCCAGAAGCAAAGGUGCAGUACGAGCGCAGUUACGAGUCGGAACUCUUUUACGAGGUCGCCUUCAUGACAGAGAGUGACAUCGGAAAGAUCUGGCCGGGGCUGACCUCCAAGUCAUUGAAGCUGCCCAAGCCGGUGGCAAUGGUGCUUGAGGACGGAAGUGGUACUGUCAGUGGCUGGCACCUCCAGCUAUGGGGGUUGGACCCAAUGAUCGCCCAGUGCCUCCGGCGAGUCCGAGUGUCUACUAAGCUGUCAGUUUCCCACCUCGACACUUUGCUGUCGGGCUCCACCCAGAUCAGACCAGGCCAGGGAAAAGAUGUCCUCCAGCUGGCGCUUUCCGGGCAGACCAGGACAACUGCGGAGAAGGCUGCAGGACGAGGCCAUGUCAUGACCUUUUCAACUUUGAGCGAUCGCGCCAAGGAGAUCCAGGCCGCUGAAGAGAUGGAAGAAGACGAGAAUGGUAUGGAGGAUCAGGAACAACCAGAGUCGGAAGAUGAGUCUGCUGCCUCUGAAGAAGCAGAUGACGAUGCAGUGGAAAUUGUUCCACCAGCUGCCCCUGCCUUCAGCCUUGGAGCUUUGGCCGAAUCAGCGCCUGCCAAGACCAAGAAGCCACCAGCCAAGCGGCCGAAGCUAUCUGGUCCGGAAGAUGAGGCAGACAUCGCGGAUAUUGACGAUGGUGGAGAUUCGGACGAGGUCUGGCAAGCAAUCCAAUCGGAUACUUUGCUGAUGCAAGUUGCCAAGGGCUUAGGCUCUGCUACCAACAGCUUGCUUGGCCUGCUGCCAGCCAAGACCUUUGAAGAUGGCAUGAAGGUGGGCAAGCAGUUGCGCGGUGCUUCUACUUUGCAGAAGAAGUUGCAGGGCAUGAGAUCCCCUCUUGCGGCCUUGCUGGAGUCCAGGAUUGUGUUGAUCGAGCGGUGCCAGGUGUUGCAGCACAAGAAGCUGAAGCAAGUGCCGCGUGGUGAGCUGACAUCCCAUGUUGAAGCCGUCCAGCGGGCAAAGGUGCAGCUACCUCUGCGGAUCAGACUGGACCUUCUGGAGCUCCAGGUCGACUUUGCCAUGCAUGACCUGUUUGAGAUGCCACAGGGAGACUUCAAAGAGGUCCGCAGCCGAGUGGAUGCGAUCACAAAGAAAUUCCACUGGUGGAUUCCUGGUCAGCCUUUGGAUGAGCUCAACCUCACUUCGGCCGCCGUCCUUCAGGCAGCAUCGGACAUUGCAGAAACCAAGAGGUUGAAUGGAGUUAUCAGCGAGGAUGACUUUGCAGAAGAAGAACAGAAAGCUCAGGAGGUGAUGGCAGAAUGCUUGAUGGAAGCAUUCGGAUGUUCCGCCUUCCUUGUGGGUGUGGGCGACCCUGCCAAGCACAGGUCGCGCUUGAUGGCGCUACUGGACUCAUUUGCAGACCUUGCAAAUGAGUGCAGUGCAUACAGGGCUGAGCAGGACUUGGAAGACAUUGCUCUGGGCAAUGUUUUGGAGCGAAUCGGUGCUUGUGCCAAAGGGCUGUUGGCAAUGGCCAACGUACAGCCUGGACACAAAGGAAGCACCGCACAACAUGCGCAGAAGAUCCGCAGCUAUGCGGGGAGCCACCUCUUCGAAGCCACCCUGCGAGACGUCAUUGCUUCGAAUCCGGCCUGGAACCGCAUGUACGAUGACCUCGUUGCAAAAGGAGCUGGAAGCGUUACCCAUUCACCAGAACUUCAGAGCUUGACCUCGAAAGUGGAAGGGGUGCACAUGGAAGAGACUUCAGAGUCAGAUGCUGCUGUGGUUUUCCGCACCUGUGUGGAACGGCUGCCCGUCCUGAAGCGCAACAUGCGCUCAACAGCAUGUGCUGACCUUGAGAAGUUGCUCUACAAGCAAGCUGUGUUGGCGGCGCGGGAGAUUGAGAAGGAGGUCAAGUGUGGCCUGGGCUUCUUUGACAGUGUCACAGAGGUGCUCUCCAUGUUCAAAGACACGCCUGGGGUGGUCCAGAUGCUGACAAAGCUUGAUGGCUUGAAGGCUUCCAGUAUGAGCGUUCUUUGCACCAAGGAGAUUGCAACCAUGGUGGAUGCUUACCCUGAGAGCUUUGGGGAUGACAUCCCUGAGCAGCUGGAUAGCUACCUCAAGCGCUUGAUGCCCGCAAUGCGUCAGAUCGAGAAGGUGGGUCAGCCAGACUUGCACAAGAAGAUGAAGCGUGUUUUCUGGUGGCACCUCCGCCGCUUGAACGUCCUGUUCCAGGAUCUUGAGUUCACUGGCCAUCAGAGCAUCAUCUUGGCACUGAAGGAGUUGCUUGGGAAGUUGGAUCCGACUUUGGAGAAGUUGGGAUCUGAUGGCUUUGAGGCCUUUGACAAGAACAAGAUCGAAUGGAUGAACCUUAGCCUGGAUGGGUUCCUGAGUUCCCGUGAGCUCGCGGUGGCGCUUGUGGCUUUUUCUGAGUUGGACGCUGCUGCCAAGAACAAGAAGGAGACAUACACCCAGCUUGCCAAGGUUGCCAAAGCUGCUCAGGUCAUUGCAGAUCGCUUGCGGGAAGUUGAGACCGACCUUGAAGCCAUCACCCUUGGAGAGCACAGUGUGACCCAAUGGAGCUGGCUGGAGAAAAUGGAUGACCGCCUGACCUGUGAUGAGUUGAGAGAUGCGUUUCAGUUGCGAGAGGCAGUCCUGAUGAACGAAGUGGCCGAUGCUCAGCGUGCCAUGCAUGUUGCUGCCAGGGGAAUGGCUGAUCCACAUGGUGAUUCGAAUUGGAAAAAUGGCCUCCAAAACGAAACGCCUCUCAACAGAGUUUUGCAGGCUUCAAAGGAAGAUGGUGGUUUGACGUCAAUCGAUGGUGCUGCCUUUGCUGCUGAGCUGACUCGCUUGGAAGAGGCCAUCAAAGCCGCCAGGGAUUUCCAGAAGCAGACCAAAGUUCUUGAAAUCAUGAAGCAUCGCGAUGCUUGGGCCGACUUGAACGUCUCGGAGAAGAUCAUGGGCUAUGGGAAGACCCUGAAAGCCGAAGGCAUGCUUUGCACAACCCUGGCCCAACUCAAGCCAGGAGCCAGCUCUGCCACAGUGAAGUGGGCAAAGGAUGUCUUGCGUGAUGUCUUGGGCGACAUCGCCUCAAACUCGAUGAUGGAGGAGAAUGUUCACCCCGCUUUGCUCUCUGAGUCUCGCAAGCUCAUUGCCAAGAAUAAGGAUGAUUAG